AAGUAUUUAAAAAUGGCCGCAGCUACGAAGUAACAAGAGUGAUUUUGAAAUUCCAAUCGAUAUAUUCGUAUAAUCAUCGUAGUAAAUACGUCAAUGGCCUAACUUAUUUAUAGUUCAUCAUUCUUUUUAUUAGUCUGCCAAGAAUUUUGACGCAAAAGCGUGGUGAAUACCAAUUCAUACUUUUACACUUCCGUCUUGCACGUAAAUUGUCGAAACAAAUUUUAACUCAAUCGAGUAUUUGCUAUUUGAAAUGCAUUUAUUCGUACAAUUGGCUCUGUAAUACUUGCAGGGUUAACUGUGAAAAGUCAACAAACAGGCAGGUACUUUUUCAAGACUAAGAAUAUUUUGUGCAAAGAAAAUGUCGCCCGGUGUUAACGAUGGUCCACGCAACACAGGCACACUCCCAAAAAGCAAUAGGAGAAAUGAUAGAAAUAGAGAACGGUCAGCUGCUAAUCAAUUUGCAAUCCGUUCUGCUUAUCAUGGACAUACACAGCACUCUAACAAUUUGUACCAACUGGAUUGGAAACCAGUCAGUGAACAAGAACACAUAAGGAUAACAAAGAACAGUAACACAAGAUCAAUUUCUUCAGUACCAUCUACAUCUUACCAAGACAUACCUGAAUUUGUAUCAUUUGGUGGUCGACCAUAUAAUUACAGUGCAGAAGAAUAUUCGCAUUGGCAAAAGAUGGUUCCUCCAACUGAUUCUCAAACUCAAUCUCCUCCAAGACUUGAAGGAACAAAACCUUCUAAUGUUGAUAAAAUGCCUGAUAGGAGCCAAGUAGAAUCACGUUUAAAUCAAAUCAGAGAUUAUAUCAGAGUAACAUCAACUCUGAUGGAUUCACUUAAUCAGUCUAGUGAUCCACGUGCACAAGCUCAAAAUGAGAAGUUAAGUAGAAUGGUGGAGGAUCUUCAUGACAGUGAAAGAAAACUAACUAAACUCUUGGAACAAUAUCAAAAUCAUGGGAUAUUUUGUGAGAAUAGUGAAAAUAGCAGAGAAGAUGGAGAAGAAAAUGGCGAUGUGAAUAGAGAAAUGCAGCUACGUAAAAAGAUGGAAGAAUCACAAAGAAAACUUGUACAACUACAAGAACAUCAAGCUAGUUUGGUGGGAAUGCAAUUACGUGUUAGAGAAAGAUUAAAUGAAGCACGUCAAGCUCAACAAGCUCUUUUACAGCAAGAAAAUCAAAAUUCAAUUGGUUUAGCAUUACCAUUACCUGUAAAUGUUGAACAACUUGAAAAUGAAACAGCUGCAUUGAGGGGAAAAUUGGCUCAACUUCAAACAAAGAAAAAAAAUAUGGACCAUCUUGUAGCAGAACUACAAGCUGCAGAAUCUUUGUCUGAUAGGGGUAGUUGUAGUUCUGAUGGAGUUCAGGGAAGACGUUCAAGAAGAAGUUCUUCAAGGAAUUUUGGAAGAGACAAAGCUGCUGAAUUAGAAGCUAUGAAAGCACAACUUGUUCAUUUGAAAUCAUUAAUGGAAGAAGCAACAAAAGGACAAUGUCUCGAUUCUAACUCUGAUCCCGAACCUGAAAUAGAUGUAAAUGGUGAAACUACAGCUAAUAUCGAUGGGAACGAAGAUGAAAGUGGAACGAACAUUUCAUUUGAACGUCAAAGCGAUGCUGAUGAAACAAGUCAUGAAAAAAUCAGAAAUACCGGAGAAAGGCCAUCUGUUGAAGAAAUUCAGGCAGUUACACGGGAACUUCGAGAACAAUCAGCUUUGUUAAUGUCUACUAGAGCAGAAUUACAACGAAUAAAACAACCAUUAUCAGCAAUGCAUUCUAAUUCUACAUCUGUCUUUCCGACUUCAACUCCUCCUCCAUCGCUUACAGCGUCAAUCAAUUCUGAGAAAAAGCAAAGUAAUAAUAAUAAUUAUGAAGUUCAAUCUGCUCAGGAAAGAAGACGUCAAAUUGAUGAUAUUGUGCGGAAGGAAUCAUCUAGCAACCGCGAUAUGGGAGGACCAAGUGAUUUAAAUAGUCAUAGAAGUUCUAGUUCGCAUGUUAGUUAUACAGGUACUCCCGCUAAUGUUUGGCCAACUCCAACAACGAUAGGUGGAUCUAAUGAUCAAAGUGUAGAUGGUGUAUCUUCCGAAAAUUUAAUGGACAUUGGACCUCAAACAACGGCGAUUGAGAAUGGAUUCAAUGGAAAUUGGUGGACAUAUCCACCGCCCCCGUUAAAUCAAUUACAACAUGGUUCAACAGAGUACUACCGACAAUUAUUAUUAGGUUCUCAAGCACAACAACUUCAAAUGAUGGGGACUACAAUACAACAAUGUUGUCAACUAUUAUGGUCUCAACAACGUGAAUUACAAGCUAUGCGUACAGCUAUUAAUCAGUUACAAGUUCAUUUGAGACAAACACAAUUACAGCAACGGAACAAUAGCGAGAAUAACGAUGAAUAUUCUAAUCUAAGUCGUAAUAUUCAUCAUCUUGGUGAAACAUUAGAUUCUGCAUUACCACCAAGUUCAUCUUUGCCAAAUUUGGUAUCAUUGCCAAAUUCUUCACCUGCAUUAUCCCAUACUGGUGUAACAUCUUCUGUCAAUUCUCAACAUCAGCAACAACAAUUGAAUAACCAAGUUCCUCCUGGCAAUAGAGCAAACAACUACUGGGACAAUUUCAGAAGCUAUUCCAGACAAAACUUACUCUCAGGAAGUGCAAAAACUGUGACUGAUACUACUUCUGGCGCUAUUGCAAAUUCAACUUCAGGAAAUACUAUAUCAAGUGUUAAUACUUCUCUUAUGAAAGACAAACGCAAUCGAGAUCAAGGAGCUGAUAAUAUAUCAUUGCCUUCAUUAAGUGGGGUAGAAACACAAUAUUCUUCAAAUUUGCAACUGCAGGCAAAUUUACAGCAACAAGAACGGGAGAAUACUGUUAUGCGUAGUAAUAUUUUAACGAACGAAAUGUCUCAACAACAAGUUGAUAAUCUUUGGGAAGAAACAAACUCAUCAUUUCGAUUACCAUCUGUAACGAAUGAUGAUAAUCCAUUUCAAACCCUAAGCUUCGAAAUGAAAGAAGUAUUAAGUUCACUCAUCGCCGUAAAUAAAAAGCGACCAGACUAUUUGAUUAUCAUAUUAAAGGAAAUCAAGGCAAUAAGUGAAGAUCACAGAUUGCGUCCUCGUUUGUGGAGAUCAUUACGUGCUUUGCAAGAUACACAAUCUUCAAGUAAUCCAUUGAAUGAAACAACUGAUCAAACUGCCAGUGAAAGCUGUCAAUCUAGUGACGAAGAUUCUGAGACAGAUGUAAUAUUAGGUUUAAGAGCAAAACAUUCUAUAGCAGAAUUAAUUUCAUCAUCUCAAGCUGGAAUUUCAUCAUCUCCUAUUUCACAUGUACCUUUAAUAGAUCAUUUAGACAUGCCUGGGACAUCUUUAGGUAAUUCUACAAGUACUUUGCCUUUAACAUCUUCCAUUAAACCAGGUUACAACGAAGAUCUGGCAGAAGCAGAUCAAUCAAGACCUGAAUCUUCUGGGAAUCAACAGCCUCCUGAAAAUGAAGAAGAGAGCGAACAAAGUCAGGGUGAAGCAGCUGGUCAAACUGAAUCUGCACAAGCUAGAUUUGAUGGUGAAGGAGAUUUUGAAAGUUUAGCUGCUAAAGCUGAAGAUGAGAGAAAUGAGAACAGUUCAAUGCUAUUUUGAUAUUGAAUUACAUUAAAAAAUAUUUUUAGUUGUAUACAUAAUAAUUAAACAUAUGUUUUAAGUUUAAUACAAAUUUUUUAAAACUGAA